AAUGUCUCUUCUCUCCUAGAUCACAGAAGUUUGUGGAGCCAAACGUGUGGGCUAUUUUGGUCCUGCUCAGUUUUACAUUGCUUUGAAGUUAAUUGCGGCAGCGCAGUCAGGGUUCCCAGUACGGAUUGAGAGCAUUAAGAAUGAAUUACCUCUGCCACGGUUCAUGGCGCUGAAAAAUGACAGCGAAGUAUGGUAUGGGACUCCAGCAGAGCUCCACGGGGUUAAGUUUCAGGCUCCACACACAACUCUGGAAAAAAAUUCCUACAAAAGAACAGAUGAAGGAGACAAACAGCAGGAACCCAAGUCUCCACCAAUGUCUCCGAUCUGUUCACCUCCUGCUUCUCCAUCUACCUACCAGAGAAUACCCUUAACUUAUGGAUAUGGUAAAUCAAGAAGUGGGCUGGAGCAGCAGCAUGGAGCUCCCUAUGAAGUCAGACACUCUACUCACCAGCAGGAUGGAUCAUCAUCAGGGAAUUACGGGGCCAAACCUGCUCUCGCAUGUUCAACUCUUAGUCGGUCUCUUUCAGUGGAGAGGGAGCAGCCGGACAGCAGUGCCCAUUACUCAGAUGACCCUUGGAGGAUAACCGAGGAGCAGAGAGACUACUAUGUCAAUCAGUUCAAGUCCCUGCAGCCCGAUCUGAACUCCUUUAUUUCAGGUUCCGUGGCAAAGAAUUUCUUCACAAAAUCAAAGCUGCCCAUCCCAGAGCUUUCUCACAUCUGGGAGCUCAGCGAUGUGGAUUGUGAUGGGGCGUUGACACUCCCUGAGUUUUGUGCUGCUUUCCAUCUGGUGGUUGCAAGGAAGAAUGGUUACCAGUUGCCUGAGACACUGCCUGAGACACUGCUGCCGGACUACCUCCAAGCAGCCUCCUUGAAGCCUCUGCAUGAGUGUGCGCUGUUUGAUUCUUACUCUGAACCAUUGCCUGGUGGCCAGCUGACACGGGACUUCAGCCGGAUGGAGAAGACAUCAGCUGAAGAGGUACCUGAUAACUCUGCCUUGAAAAAAGAUACGAGCAAAGAUGACAAACAAGCUCUUAAAGUAAGCACUGCUGUCAAAGCGAUACCAAAGGAAUUUCAGCACUUGACUGUGAAAACAGCUGCUCAGGAACCUCAUGCACUUAAAGCCAGACCCAGAUCCAGGUCUUAUUCUAGCACAUCCAUAGAAGAUGCCAUGAAAAAGGGAGAAGAGCCCCCUACUCCACCUCCAAGGCCACAGAAAUCACAUUCCAGAGCUUCCUCUUUGGAUCUGAACAAAAUAUUUCAACAAAACACACAAGGUAAUGUUUGCUUUCUUCCCUUCUUUUGAGACCAUUUAGGUUAG